AAAAAUUAGAUAUAUAUCUUGAACAUGGCCAUUUUGUUUUUCGUUAUGUUGUUUAAUUUACUUGCAAUUAGGUAAAAAUGGUUUUGGCGCUCACGUCAUAAAAUUUGCGUCGCGCGUCAAUCGCUCCGUGCUUUUCACUCACGUGAAAGUCAUAAUUCGGCGUCUCAUUUGCGCUUCGAAUUUUAUCCAUAUCGUACCGACGCGCUGCGCGCUCUUAAUGCAUCGCUUUAGUGAAUAUUAAGAACGCUAGUCUUGGCCGAUCAAGGGGAAUCGCAAUGUCAUACGAUUAGAAUUUUAGAGACUUCUUUGAUCACUGCCUGUCCACUACUUCAUUUGUCAGUCAGCUGUAGGAACUACCGCAUGCAUUUUUAAUGUUUGUUUUUACCAUUAUGGAUUCAUUGAACAUAUCGUAAUGUCACCGAAUAUAUAUAGUACAAAUACAUUACAACGUAUUUAAAUGUUAUCGUGCUGUUUUAUAUUUGACGAGAAUGUUGUUUCAUAACAUAAAUGUGGUGGCAGCAGUGCUGUCGGCGUUGUUAUUAUUAGCAGGUUAUACGGAAUCUGCGAACAUUUUACACGUUAUACCUUUUUCAGCAAUGUCUCAUUACAUAUUUCUAAGACAUAUUGGAUUGGAAUUGGCUCAAAGAGGUCAUAAUGUGACCGUAAUCACGACACACACAGAGAAAAAUCCACCGUCCAAUUAUUACCAAGUCCAAGUGCAAAAAAAACAAAUUUGGGAACUGAUAGGGGGCGAGAGACCAAAUAUUUUUGAUAUGGCUGAGUUAUCUUCUGAGGAAUUUCAUCAUAAAGUAGUUUGGCCGGGUGGACUCGCCUUUACGGAGCUGACAUUAAAUUCAUCUGACGUUCAAGAAUUCUUAAAGAAAGACAAUACGUUUGACUUAGUUAUAUGUGAACAGUUUGUCCAGGAAGCUUUGUACACGCUCGCAUCUAAAUACAAUGCUCCUUUGGUAAUAAUAUCAACGUUUGGAAACUGUAUGAGACAUAAUAUCAUGACACGGAAUCCUCUCCAAUUGGCCACAGUUCUGGCAGAAUAUUUGAAAUUAAAUAAUCCUGGCAAUUUUUGGGGACGCCUGAGGAACCUGUAUUUUACCGUCUACGAAUACCUUUGGUGGAGAUAUUGGUAUCUUGAGAAGCAAGAGGACCUCGUUAAAAAGUAUUUGCCAGAUUUGAUCGGUAAAACCCCAAGUUUGUAUGAAAUGCAGAAAAAUGCUUCUUUAAUGCUAAUAAAUAGUCACUUCAGUUUCGAUACUCCUACUGCAUAUUUACCAAAUAUAGUUGAAAUCGGUGGAAUGCAUGUCAGAAAGAGUAAUAAAAGCCUACCAGAUGAUUUACAAAAGCUUUUGGACGAAUCGAAACAUGGAGUGGUAUACAUGAGUUUUGGUUCCAAUAUCAGAAGUGCAGAAUUGCCAGAGCAUAAAAAGAAAGCAUUUUUAAACGUUUUCAAGGAACUUAAGCAGACUGUUUUGUGGAAGUGGGAGGAGGAUGUAUUGGAAGGAAAACCAAAGAAUUUGUUUACGGGUAAAUGGUUACCACAACAAGAAAUUAUUGCACAUCCGAAUAUCAAGCUCUUUAUAACUCACGGAGGCUUAAUAGGUAUGCAAGAGGCAAUAUAUAAUGGAGUACCUAUUGUAGGUGUACCAAUAUUCAGCGAUCAAUACAAUAACGUACUCCUUGCUGAAGAAGUGGGUGUCGGAAAAUUACUGCACUAUAACGAUUUCAAUGAAGAUACGUUAAACAAAACUAUUAACGAAAUACUGAACAAUGACUCGUACUUGAAAACAGCAAGAGAAGUACAAAAAAGAUGGAACGAUAGACCGAUGAGUCCCUUAGACACAACGAUAUUUUGGUUAGAAUAUGUAAUAAGAAACAAAGGUGCUGAAUAUAUGAAGAACCCAGCAAGAAAUAUGAAUUGGUUUGAGUAUACUAUGUUGGACGUUUAUGCAUUUAUACUACUUAUCAUAGUAGCUGUUUUAGCCUUUUUUUUGAAACUAAUACUAAUUGUCAGGGCUAUUGUAUAUGGUAAUCAGACUAAUAAAAUGACAAAAAGAAAAAAGAGGUUGUGAAAUAUAAGAACAUUUAGAUUAUACUAGUUUACCAUUAUUUUACGGAAUAGGGAUGAUAAAUAGGUUUGAAUAUAUUGAUUUUUAUGAAACAUUCGGGUAAAUAAGGUCAAUGUUAACUAAUUUAUACAUAAAAAGCAAAGAUUGACUGGAUAUUUACAAAACAAAUAAGAUUAUCAAAUUUCAAUAUCUAUCAAAAAUCUUUUAUCGUAAUUAGAUGAAAAUUCAUAGUUUUAUUUAAAUCCCUGUAGCUAAAAAAUUAAUGAUCGCAGAUAUCCUGUUACUCUUACAAAAUUGCUUUACUAUUAGCAUACUCUUGAUUUAUAUAUAAUUCAAAAAACUGUGAUCAUCCCUAUUGCAAUUUUUUAAAUUCCUGUUAUAUUUUACCUUUAUAUUCCUGUUAUAUUUCCUUACAGGAACUAUAAGCGUUUUAUAGUUUUUGUACGUCAUUUCAUUUUUGUACGUCAAGCGGAUUCGAUAUUUCGUGAUGACCUUUUGCUUUUAUAUAUUUAGAUAUAGAUGUAGAUUAAGUUUAUAAAAUAAAUAUGUAAUUAUUUAUAAUGAUGAUAUAUUAUUAAGCCUAUAUAACUUGGUGAAAAUAUAACAUUCUAUUGAUAAAAGAAUUUUCAAAAUCGUUCAGUAGAUCCAGAUCCUCUCUAUAAUAUUAGUAAAGACCAGCCGAACCGCGGUUUCAUCUUCGUAGUUCUCGGUCAUAUGGGAAUAAGGUAUAAAAUAUGGCCUAUGAUCAUCAGGAAUAAUGUAGGAUUCUACUUAAUGGUGAAAGCAAUUUUUCAAAUCAGUCCAGUAGUGUCAGAGCCUACUUAUUGCAAACAAAAAAACAAACAAAUCUUUCCUCUUUAUAUAGACAUACUCGUAAAUAAGUUACAACAUAACAACAGUGUAGUAUUCUUCGAUAACGAUGCAUUUUGUAGAUAUUGGCGAAUUCAGUUGUAAAAUCUUAUCUUAAAAUUGUAAAAGAUUUAUCAUGAAAUGUUCGUAAGAGAUUGUAUCACUUUUAUUAUUAGAGAUAACCUUGUACAUAUUUAUUUAAAACUAGCGCACGCCCGCGACCUCGUCCGCCCUUAGACCCUUUAAUCCAACCCUUACAGUAGUAUCUCCCGUU